AUACUAUUGCCCCCUCUCACAGGCAGCAAACAGCACAGAACACAAGACAGACCUGCCAGCAAACCACAACAACAACAACAAAAUACAACAGCUUGUGAAGACAUCACCUCAAUUCAGAAAUCUCUAUAUCCUUCCCCUGGAUAGCCUCAGGACACUACUGUUUGGCGCUACUCUGCCCCAAGCUUUCUCUCUAUGCUGAUAUCCAGAACAAGAGUGCAUGGAUGCUGAGGUGUUGGACUCUGCUCAGGCAGAGCAUGGCUCACUUCUGCUCAGGCAGCUGGAGAGGAUGAGAGCGACUGAGGAGCUCACUGAUGUGGUGCUGCUGGCAGAGGGGAUUCCCUUUCCUUGCCACAAGGUUGUACUGUCUGCAUUCAGCCCUUACUUUCAGGCUAUGUUUACAUGUGGUCUGAAGGAGACCCGGGGAGGAGAGGUACCACUCAGAGACACUCCUUCUCAGAGCCUGGAACUGCUACUGGACUACAUGUACCGUGCUGAACUCCCCCUUUCCAAUGACAACAUUCAGGGAGUGGCUGCUGCUGCCUUUCUGCUCCAUGUAGACGGAGCCUUCAGGUUGUGUCAGAGCCACAUGGAGGCUCGUAUGGAUCCUUCCAACUGUAUUGGUCUAUACCACUGGGCCAGAGACUUGGGGGCCACUGGUCUGGCUGACUGCGCCUUGAGAUACCUCUGCCAACACUUUGCACAGGUUUGUGAAGAAGAGGAAGUAUUGGAGCUGGAUGCCCAAAGUCUUGGGGAUCUUCUGGGUUCAGAUGACCUCAACAUAUCACAGGAGGAGGUUGUGCUGGAACUGGUGCUGCGUUGGGUAGAGAGGCGAAGAGGGGAUUCACAGAGCGAAGCCCAGGCUGUGCAGUUGCUCAGGCGAGUCCGACUGGAGCUUGUGGACCCUGGAUUCCUCCGCAAAGCCAGGAGGAGAAACCCGGUAUUGCUGAGGGACACUGAGUGCUUUGGGAUGAUUGAUGCUGCUCUCCAGACCUCAGGGCUCUGUGAGACAUCAGCUCCACCUCGCCCGGCUCUUCGCUACGGCAUGGAGACCACUGACCUGCUGCUCUGUUUGGGUGGGGUUGAUAUGGAGGGAGUGCCUGCCCGUCGUGGAGGACUUGCUGACCUCAGUUUUUGCUUUGCCCCCCAUGGUAGAAAGACUCACUACAUCCCCUCUCCACUGAGGGGCUGGGGAGGCAUGGGACAGAUCACGGCGGGAGCAGUGACACGGGACAACACCGUAGUGGUGGCCAUAGAGGCAAUCGACCAACACAGGAAGAAGAGGGUGGAUAUCUACAGGUAUGAUAAUUCAGAGAACAGCUGGAUGGAGGUGUGCUCAGCAGCACACAGGGACAUGUACGCUUUAGGGGCAGUAGGCGAUGCCCUCUAUAUGAUAGGUGGUCAGAUGAGAGUACACAAUCACUACAUCAUCACAGACAGCGUGGAGAGAUGGUCGCUCAAGAGAGGAGGCAGCUGGCUCAGCUUCGCCCCUUUGCCUCUCCCUUUAGCAUGCCACAGCAUCGUGACCCUAAAGGAGCAUCUGUAUGUGCUGGGGGGUUGGACACCACAGUAUGAGCCGGAUGAUGAGCCUGACAAGCUAAGUAACCGUGUGUUUCAGUUUGACCCUAGGCAAGACAGGUGGACAGAGUGUUCCAGGAUGAAGUACUCCAGGUACCGCUGCGGAACGGCUGUCCUCAAUGGUGAAAUCUACAUAUUAGGUGGUAUAGGAUGUGAUGGAGAGGACCGUGGCCAAUCACGUCGCUGCCUGAGUACUGUGGAGAUCUAUAACCCAGAUACAGACACCUGGAGGGCUGGACCAACCCUACCCAUGUCCCUGCUCUCCCUCCGAACCAACGCCUCCAAUAUAGGAGUAGUAGAGGGAAAGCUCUACCUCUGUGGAUACUUCAAGGGGGCCGGCCGUCAUGAGAUCAUCACCAAGGAGAUUCUGGAACUGGACCCUGUAGACAAUGUGUGGACGGUGGUGGAAAGACGAGCAGCCAUGCACGACAGCUAUGACGUCUGUCUGGUGGCUAACCUCAAUCCUCGAAACCUCUUCACACCCUAAUGCACCUCCUCCUGACUCUGAGCAACAAUGCAAGGGGCCUUCUGUCCUCUAAACCUCACACAGCUUUAUCCAAACUUGGCUUAACUCCAGGAUUGCACAUGUCUCAACAUCAAGAUUGAUAAAUGUGAAAUCUGGAUGUCUAGUUGGUUGCUGCUGCUUUAAUGAACAAAGGAAGUCAGUCUAUAACUUCCCCAAAAAGGCAAUAUUCUCUGUGGUCUAUAACCUCAGGUGUAAAACAUCUACAAGGAGAUUUUUCCUUUUCAAUCUGUAAUAUCUGUAAAUCCUCAAACCUAAAACACCAAGUUGGUCACUUCCUUCAUAUGAAUGUUUUCUCAUCUUUCACUGCUAAGGUUAAAGUUUGGAUAUUUAAACUAUUUGAUUAAGAGCAGAGAAAGGUCAUGCUUCACAAACCAAAAUAACAAAAUAACUUGCGACAGUGUAUUUGUAAUGGACUUUUUGGGUUGCAAAGUUGUCAACCCAAAUUUGAGGUAAAGAAAAUCAGUCAACAGAGUUUUUAACAUUGAAAUAGCUUGUUACUGAUUGCUUUAAUAGUCCUUUUUAGCUCUACAAAAAUGUCAGGCCUCCUCCAUCUUUCCUUCUGAAAAGUUUGGAAAAAAAACAAUUGUUGACUGCUUGACCACAAGUCUGAUUGUCAAAAAAAACAUUUGCCUUUUUAUAGGAAUAUAUAUUUUGGUAAACAGGCUUAUAGAUGCUUCUCUGCUGAGAAAUGCAAAGAAUGAUACCACUCUCAUGACUAUCAAUCAAAUAUGGCACUACACCCAGGAAACAGUCAGUUUAGCCCUGCAUAAGCAGUAAGUCUGGUUCUUUCCAAAAGUUAAAAAAAAAAAAUACACCUACCAG